AUGGAGAGGCGGCGGCUAAGAGUAGACGAGAACACCACUACACGUGAAGUUUCUUCGUCCAUUAGUCUGGAACGGAGCGAUGGAGAGCUAGAGCCGAGAGAACAUUCCAAUCACGUGACCCGUCCGGGACUGAGCGUAGCAGUGAUAUUCGUGGCGUCGGUGUGCGCCGUCUCUCUUGUCCUGUACAACUGUCCGGACCUCGACGAAGAGGAUUCACUGCGACUGAAGUGGCCUCGCGACCUCGACUCGGUGAAGGAAUUGGCUCGCCUGCUCUCCAAGUACAAGAACACUCACUACUUCACCGUGCUGUCUGCAGUCUUCAUCAUCUACAUCUUACUUGUUCAUCACUACUUCCCUCAGCGUCUAAACCAAUGGAGACAGCAGAUCGACAGACACAGUGAAGACAUGCUGUGGUAUGUCUUCACUGUGUCUGUAUGUGUGUUGUUCUGUGUUACUCUCCAGAUCGACAGACACAGUGAAGACAUGCUGUGGUAUGUCUUCACUGUGUCUAUCGACAGACACAGUGAAGACAUGCUGUGGUAUGUCUUCACUGUGUCUGUAUGUGUGUUGUUCUGUGUUACUCUCCAGAUCGACAGACACAGUGAAGACAUGCUGUGGUAUGUCUUCACUGUGUCUAUCGACAGACACAGUGAAGACAUGCUGUGGUAUGUCUUCACUGUGUCUAUCGACAGACACAGUGAAGACAUGCUGUGGUAUGUCGUGUUCCUCAGAAUCACUCCGUUCCUUCCAAACUGGUUCAUAAACCUCGCCUCUCCCAUUGUGGGCGUGAGAAUUCCUCCGUUCUUCUGGGGAACUUUCUUAGGUGUAGCUCCGCCCUCAUUCUUCUUCGUUAGAGCAGGGACGACUCCUCUACGAACUGACCACCAGCACUGGCCACGUAUCUGUGACCUCAGUCCUAGUUCUAGCCGGGCUGGCCGUUCUCUCUCUCACCCCCGUCCUCCUCAGGAAGAAACUGGGCAACUUCAGAGCUAGAUAGUGCCUGGAUGCACUAUAAUAGACAAUGUCAAUAUAUCAAUCUAUAGAUACGCUCUCAUAAUAUCAAUCCCAUAUAAUUAUAUACUCUCAUAAUAAUUAUCAAUCCCUACGUAAGUUACAAUGGUCGUCGUAAGAAAGAUACAUGC